UUGGCCUCAGAGCCAGCUCUGGCUGUGCCGAGAUGGGGCUGCCCCAGCCUGGGCUGUGGCUGAAGAGGCUCUGGGUAUUCUUGCAGGUGGCUGUGCAUGUGGCUGUGGGCAAAAUGCUACUGAUACUGUUUCCAGAGAGGGUCAAGCAGCAAAUCCUGGCCAUGGGCCAGCAGACUGGAAUGGCCAAGAACCCCCACUUCAGCCAUGACAACUGGAUUCCCACCUUCUUCAGCACCCAGUAUUUCUGGUUUGUCCUAAAGGUCCGUUGGCAGCGAUUGGAGGACAUGACUGAGAGAGGGGGACUUGCUCCAAACUGCCCGGUGUUCCGCCUCUCAGGACAGAAGUGCAACAUCUGGGACUUCAUGCAAGGCCACAGGCCACUGGUGCUGAAUUUUGGAAGUUGCACCUGACCUUCGUUUCUUUUCAAAUUUGACCAAUUUAAGAGACUUGUUGAAGACUUUAGUUCCGUAGCAGAUUUUCUCAUCAUUUACAUUGAAGAAGCACAUGCAUCAGAUGGCUGGGCUUUUAAGAACAACGUGGACAUCAGAACUCACCGGAACCUCCAGGACCGCCUGCGCGCAGCCCACCUGCUGCUGGCCAGGAGUCCCCAGUGCCCCGUGGUGGUGGACACGAUGCAGAACCAGAGCAGCCAGCUCUAUGCGGCACUGCCAGAGAGGCUCUACGUGCUCCAGGAGGGCAGGAUCCUCUACAAGGGUAAAUCCGGCCCUUGGAACUACCAACCAGAGGAAGUUCGUGCUGUUCUGGAAAAGCUCGACAAUUAAUCUGGACAGAUCCCCCAAUUCUGGGUGACCGACAAGGGGACUCCUCAAGGCUUGGCUCUUUCCCCCAAACCAACUGGCUUUUACCUUUGACCUGUGUCCCCAGCUAUAUUACUAGCUCAGAUUUUUCUAAUCUAGCCUAACAACUCCCAGCUAGGUAGUGCAGGUCACCACACCCAAUCAGGAUAAAUUGUUAUUAUCAAAAAGUAAAGUAACACUCGAGCCAUUUAGGCAAGUGAGCUGUUAAAGAACAUAUAACUUCACACUGCUCCCACUAUGGGGACGACAUUCAUUGCACACUGCCUCAGGUGAGGGAGCAGUUGCACUCCAUGGGCGUACUUCUGAGGUAUGGACUCUCUCUCUGAUACCUAGUAGUUCAAUAUGGCAUCCCUUCCAGUAGGCGGAUUCAUUGUAUUAAAUUUGCAUUUAUGAAAUUGAUCAUUUAGAGCACUAGCUUGGUUUUUAGAACCAAGCGUAAAAAGAAUUCCAGUUGUUAGGGAAGAGAUGAGGAAUUGGAAGAGGGGGAAGAGAAAAGCGAGAAGGGAAUAAUUCUUUCCUUGCCAAAAGAUUUAAACCAGUUGACGGUAGUGAUGGGUGGGUUUCCAUGGUUACGUGUCUCUCAUUUUACCAGGGAAGAGGAGAAUACUCACUUUAUCAUCUUGAGUAUGUAAAUAUGGCUCUCUGCACCAUGGGAUCUUCCACUAUCCUCACUUAUCAAGUCCUUUAGAGGGACGGAUUGGCUUCCCAAAAGCAUUACAACCUUGACCAAACCAGACAACAGGCACUGGGACUCACUUCAGUAGAAGCUCAUCUUUGAAUUUUCUGUUUUUCUGAUUUCUUUGCAAGUCUCCUAAUAGUCAUUAGGAUAAGCAUUGGUGUUUGUCUGUUUUAACUCUGCUUCUUUUCAUAUUUGUUUAUGACGGCCACAGCCUAAAGUACACACAGCUGUGACUUGAUUUGAAAAAAAAUGUUGUAAGAUGCAGCAAGCUAAUACAGAAUGAUUAAAAUAUAUCAGGCUA